AUGUUUUUAGGAGCUAUUGUUAAGAGAUGUGACAUAUGCAUCAACUACGCAAACUUUGGUAUCACUAUGAAAGAGAAGCUUGGGGUUGACAUAAGGGGGUGGCCUGAGGACAUUCCAUUUCAAUCCCCCACCAGCAUCAAUGAUCACAACACCCUUCUGAAGCUCCAUGAUGGACUGAAGAAUGGCUCCUGCCACUAG